AUGGAACAAUUCGUCCUGGAAGAUGUGAGCCUACAUACUGUGCAUAGUGAGCUGAGCAGGUGUUCUAAUGAAGCUAACCGGACAGUUAUUCUGAACAAAUAUACAUGUUUAUGUGAUGUGUUUUGUGUCUCGGAAGUAUGUACAUAUCUAUCAGCAACCGGAAUAGGAACAGAAAAAGGACAAGAUAGAAUAUGCAAGUCAGUGUGCAUGUUUAUGGCAGGCCUAUGA